AUGCCUCGAAAACGCAGGGCUGAUGAUGAGGAUGGUGACGAGGAAGACGAGUAUAAUGAUACUCCCGCGCGCGCGCAGACUCAGCGAGCCACGCAACACCGACGGAGUGCCACCCCCGAAUCUGAAAACGAAUACCAUCCCGGUGGACACCUGCAGACGUCCGUGUCGAUGAACGUGAUGGUGAAGAAACUGGUCCGGCUGGCCUUAGCUAGCGAAUACUCACGCCAGCCCAUUCGUCGAACAGAUAUAUCUGCCAAAGUCCUAGGUGAUGGUGGAGCGCGGCACUUUAAGCUUGUCUUUCUUGAUGCCCAGAAGACGUUAAAGGAAGUGUUUGGUAUGCAGAUGGUUGAACAGCCAAGCAAGGACAAAGUGACAAUUAGCCAGAGAAGAGCGGCGCAACGUGUGGAAAAGUCGAGCACGUCGAAGUCAUGGACUGUCAUCUCCACUCUACCUCCCGCUUAUAGAACUCCAGAAAUCUUACCGCCAUCCAGGGCACCUAAUUCCUCUACUGAAAGCUCAUAUAUUGCAAUAUACACAUUUAUUAUAUCCUUGAUCAUGCUAUCAGGUGGAUCGUUAUCAGAGGACAGGCUGAAUAGACACCUCCGCCGCGUCAAUGCGGAAAACCACACACCGCUUGAUAGAACGGACAAGUUACUUGCUCGACUAUGCAAGGAAGGGUACCUGGUCAAGGUACGUGAUACAGAUGCGGGAGAAGAGACGAUUGAAUAUUUCGUUGGCCAAAGGGGUAAGAUAGAGGUUGGCGUGUCCGGGGUAUCAGGGAUGGCAAGAGAGGUAUUCGGCAUUGCGCAAGGGAGUGAAGAAGAUAGCGAGCAGUUCGAAAAAAGAUUGAAAAGAAGCUUACGCUAUAAGGAGAACACCGUUGCGGAGGCAGAAAAUGCAGAGGCUGAGGCGCCGCAAAGAAGAGGCCGCAGGGGAGAUGAUGAGUCUGAUUGA